GCAUACAAAUGAACAUCAGCCAGCGCGUCCACGGACACGGCGACGUUCUCGCACACCCUGGCGCUCUGACGUGUCCCUGCCGCUGUAUAUAGGACGGGCUGAGCGACUGCGGCUCCCAGCGAACCGACAGGCAAGGACGCUCAAGCAGUGGUCAACUCCGACCAUUUUUUUUUCCGCCGCUUUGCUCCCUGGGUUCAUCGGACCGUGUCAGCAUGUCGGAUCAAGCCUUCGUAACGCUAGCAACUAAUGAUCUAUAUGGGAAAGGAGCACUGGUGCUAGGAACUUCAUUGCGAAAUCACAAAACUACAAGAAAACUAGUGAUUCUUGUUACUCCCCAAGUAACUGACAACAUGAGAUCUGUGCUGCAGAGGGUCUUCGAUGAGGUUAUUGUCGUGGACGUGCUAGAUAGCAAGGACUCAGCUCAUCUGGCCAUGAUCAAGAGGCCUGAAUUGGGCGUGACCUUUACAAAGCUGCACUGUUGGGCUCUCACGCAGUACUCCAAAUGUAUAUUUAUGGACGCAGACACACUGGUAUUACGUAAUAUUGACGAACUCUUUGAGAGGGAGGAAUUGUCCGCAGCACCAGACCCAGGAUGGCCAGAUUGCUUCAAUACAGGAGUGUUCGUCUAUCGUCCUUCCAUUGAAACCUACAAUGAACUUCUACGGUUUUCCACAGAGAAAGGCAGCUUUGAUGGCGGGGACCAGGGUUUACUGAACAGUUUCUUCAGUAGCUGGGCCACAGCCGAUAUCAAUAAGCACCUUCCCUUCAUUUACAACUUGAGCAGUGUCGCAAUAUAUUCCUACCUUCCUGCUUUCAAACAAUACGGUCCUAAUGCCAAGGUGGUCCACUUCCUUGGUAACAUCAAACCCUGGAACUACUCCUACAACUCAAAGACUAGAUGUGUGACAGGUGGUGUUCACGGCGGUUCAUCAGUUGUCCACACUGAAUUCAUCAGAAUGUGGUGGGACAUCUUGACAACAUCUAUUCAGCCUAUGCUUACAGAAUACAACAUCUCGAAGAACAUCAGUCCUGACAAACAAGAGGAGGAGAAGUUGAGUGAAGCUAUCUCCCACCUUUCUGUCAGCCCACCCGCUCCAGCUGCCCCGAUGAUUUCCUCAGAAGAACGCCGGAAAAACUGGGAACAGGGUCAAGCUGAUUUCAUGGGAGUAGAUUCUUUCCAGAACAUUCAGAAGAAGCUGGAUACGUACUUGAAUUAAAGGCUGCUCUCUGAACACCUGCUGUGGCUGACCAGUAAGAACAGAAUACAGAAGGUCUUUAGCAUCUAGGCUGGAGUUCAGUGCAUAGUUGGUUUCUACUUGGCCUGCUAGUGACAUGGUUUGAGAUGGGUGUCUUCAUCUGGUUGUCACCUCAAGGCUGCACUCUGCAGUAAGAACGUGACAAAGCCUGAGAAGAUUGAAUUUUAAAUUCCUGAAGCAAAUCGCCUCCCAGUGUUAAAUCCUGAGCACAUCACCACACUGCCUCCUGCUGAAAUCCUCCUCCAGAACAAUACUGCUGUUUGCUUAACUUAGUAAGUCACACUUAACUAAACUCCUGCACAAUUACAGAUGCUGGACUUUACAGUGCUGCCAGUAUUUUAUAGAUGUUUAAAUUAGCUGCAACACUGCAUGGAAUAUAAUUAUGCCCCUUCCCAAGGAAAUACUGUGCCCCACAUCCAAAGGACAAAACUAGUUUUAUCUUUGAGUCUUAAUGGUAUAAAGAAACUUAGAGCUGAGAAUUCCAUGCACAGUACGUUGCCAGUAUCUUGCAAAAUUUACAAGGAACUGAUCACUUCAAACCACCUUUGACAUUUGUUUUGUGACUAAACUACUGACCAUCAAUUUUUAAGUGUAUCAUAGCACUUUAACCACAAAAUAAACUUAUUGGUUUGAGAUUGUUGCAAUUUUUUUCCAAUAAAAGUAUUUUCCCACUUGCUUUG